CUCUCCAUUAUCGUCAAUUUAACCCUAGUUCUCAGAAACCGGAAGGAUUUGCACCGUUUCUCCGUUGCCCGUGGCUCCCUCGUCCUCUUCAGUAGCCACCUUUCUAAGAGACAGUUGAACCCUAUCUCUCAUCUCCGACUUGUUCUGUGUAUCCCUCUGAAUUUGUUAGCCGUAGCCCUAAUCCGAAUCAGUUUCUAUCGGGAUUAUUGCCGCCCUCGCUGAAUAUCAGAUCUAUAAGAGCCCUUAAUUAAAAAAACCGGCAUUUUUGUUGGUGCAAGCGAAGCUUUUCAGAUUUUCAUAGCGUAUUAGCAUUUCCGAUUUGGUUGCUUGAUCUUAUUUCAACAAAAUACGUUGCUUUCAGGAAUUUUUUUCCUAUUUGAAACGACUACUCUCGAGGUAGCCGCGACAAGUUUGAAUUUUGGACCUCCUAGUUUCAAGAAUUAUACGUAUCUCUUGCUAUUUCGGACAAUAUUUCAUCAGUGUGCUUGUAGUUGAUCUGGCUAUAGAGACAAAUGGUAGGAGGUGGAAGCAGGAGAGACGAAGGUUCGUUGAUGAUAAAAAACACAAAUGUCUUUGCUGCACUUGAUACUCUAAAAAAGAAGAAGAAAUCCGAUAAGGAGCACAAGAGCAAAGGGUCGUCUAAAUCUCAGGUUCAAUCUAAGGAACCUGAACCUCAGGUGUUCUGGGCUCCCGCUCCACUGAAUGCGAAAUCUUGGGCUGACGUGGACGACGAUGACGACGACUACUAUUCCACCACUGCCCCGCUUCAGCCUGUCUGGGGCGUUUCUGAGCCACAGCAGAGUGAGGAGAAACCAAGCGUUUUCGAGGAUAGUGAGAGUGAGGAAGAUAUUUUAGGUGAAGGGGAUGAUGAUGUGGAGGAAGAGCAUGAUCAUGAACCAGAACAGUCCUUGAACCCUGAACCUGAGGUUAGGAAGCCUAGUCAAGUUUCUGUGGCACCAAAGGAGGCAGAACGGCAACUUUCCAAAAAAGAAAGGAAGAAAAAGGAACUUGCAGAGCUCGAGGCUCUUCUGGCUGAUUUUGGAGUCACACAAAAAGAAGGCAGCGGUCAAAAUGAGCCACAAGGUGCCUCACAAAGUAAUGAAGAUGCUGAGGCUGUCGGAGAUGGAGAGAAGAAGGAAAAUAACACUGCAGAGUCUAAAAGCGCCAAGAAAAAGAAAAAGAAGGACAAAGCUUCCAAGGAGGUGAAAGAACCUCAGGAUCAUCUCAAUGGGGCAGAUACAAAUAACGGUCCUGAUGAUGCUGCGGGCACUGAAAAUGCUGGGGAUGAUAAGUCCACUGUUGAUGUGAAAGAGCGUCUCAAGAAAGUUGCUUCUACAAAGAAGAAGAAAUCUAACAAAGAAAUGGAUGCUGCCGCAAGGGCUGCCGCCCAAGAGGCUGCUGCACGAAGCGCAAAGCUUGCUGCCGCUAAGAAAAAAGAGAAGAACCAUUAUAAUCAGCAACCACUGCGGUAAAGAACCCUGUUUGUUACAUUGAUACAAGAAUGUGUAUUGUUGUUCAUACGAUGAGGCCGAAUAAACAAUGGGCUCCCUACGCUCUAUUUGACUUGCGUUCGUAUUGCCACGGACCUGAGAAGUAUUCCUCUGUUUUUUUUUUACAGUUGCUCUACUGUUACGGACAUGCCUUGCCGCAAAAAAUGUAGUUGUACUUUUAGUUCGUUCA